AUGGGCCGGGCAGCCGGAGGAUCGUCGGCCGUGAUCCAGGCCUCUGUUAUUCUGUGUGGGUUUUUCCUUCUGGCGGCGGCGAGGGGCCGAGCGGCGGCGGCGGCGGAAGUAUCUGAUCAGGAGAGAGAUCGGAUCACGGCGCUGCCGGGGCAGCCCACUAACGUGGGCUUCAAGCAGUACUCGGGCUACGUGACCGUGGACGCGAGGGCCGGCAGGGCGCUGUUCUACUGGCUGAUCGAAUCGCCGGCCAACGCGUCAUCCCCGCUCGUUUUGUGGCUGAACGGCGGCCCCGGCUGCUCCUCGGUGGCCUUUGGCGCCUCGGAGGAGCUCGGGCCUUUCCGGAUUCGUUCCGACGGGCAGACGCUCUUUCUGAACCCCUUCGCCUGGAACACUGGUAAGAGAAAUCGAAUUGGAAAACAAAAUAAUUUGCUUUCUUCUGGUUUUCGACUGGUUAAUCGAUCGAUUCACUCCCGCUCGUCAAUGGGUCUCUCUCUCUCUCGAUCCGUCCCGGCGUUUCAGCGGCGAGCUUGCUGUUCUUGGAGUCCCCCGCCGGCGUGGGAUUCUCUUAUUCCAACACCUCCACCGAUCUGUACAGCUCCGGCGACAGACGGACAGGUUUUUCCCCGAACCCCGUCAAACCUUUGCGUCCCGUCUGCCAUCGCUCGAACUCACCGGCUCUCUUCUUUUCGCCGCCGCAGCUGCCGACGCCUACCAAUUCCUCGUCGGCUGGUUCGACAGGUUCCCCCAGUACAAGCACCGGGAGUUCUACAUCGCCGGCGAGAGCUAUGCAGGUACUCCUCCUCCUCCUCGUUCUUCUACCCACCUCGCACAAACCAGGAAGGAAGAGAUCGAUCAUCUCACUCCACUCCACUCCAUCCCAUCCCAGGGCAUUACGUUCCACAAUUGUCCCAAGUUAUCUACAGGAAGAACAAGGGGAUUCAGAACCCCGCCAUCAACUUCAAGGGAUUCCUGGUAAAACACCAAGCCCUAGCCAUCGUCGACCGCCGCCCGGGUCGCCAUUGACGGCCGACCGGCCCUAUUUUCAGGUCGGGAACGCCGUGAUCGACGACUACCAUGACUACGUGGGCACCUUUGAGUACUGGUGGACUCACGGGCUGAUCUCAGAUACCACCUACCGUAACCUGCGGCUCGCCUGCAUCUUCGAGUCCUCGGAACAUCCCUCGGUGGCGUGCCUGCGUCUUCUCGACCUUGCCAGAGCGGAGCAGGGGAACAUCGAUCCUUACAGUAUCUUCACCCCGCCCUGCAACAACAGCGCAGCCCUGAGGCGCCGCUCCAGAGGGCACUACGUACGCUUCCUGAUCUCCCUACCUCCAUGCUUCGAUCGUCUCCGCCAUUAAUCCGUGGAUUUCUCUGCGGCUUCUUCUUCCCUUCGAAGUCCAGCCAUGGAUGCCCAGAGCUUACGACCCCUGCACCGAGAGAUACUCCGAGGCUUACUACAACCGCCCCGAAGUGCAGAGGGCCUUCCAUGCCAACGUCACAAGACUCCCAUAUCCUUGGGAAACUUGCAGGUUUGCACGUCCUCUCCCCGGCGCGUUCUUCAGGGUUAUCAGCCGCUAUGAAAGAGGCCUGAAACCUCCUCCCCCCGUGCACAGUGAUACAGUCGGGAACUACUGGACGGAUUCCCCGCGGUCGAUGCUUCCCAUUUAUCAGGAGCUCAUUGCAGCCGGCCUGAGGAUCUGGGUCUUCAGGUACCUCCUUUGUCUUUAUUUUUCUAGGAAAUUCAUCUUUAGCUAUCGACCAGAUUGUAGCCAAGAAUAGAAAUUCAGCUCACAAUCCAGUUUUUUUACGCGAUUCAAGCCGGUGCGGCCUGGGAGAACUCGGUUGAGAGAGGUUUUUAACGAAGUUAACGCUGAUUUAAUGAUGAUACAAAAUGAUCGUCGCACAUAAAAGAGUCAUAGCUCUCUGUCGAUGUAUAACCAAGAACGACUACCUGGGCGUGCCCGUUCUGCAGAACGACUCUCGAUGAAGAAGACACGACCAAUUUAAGGCCCAUCGUCUUGAUCUUCAAUCCACCGCUUUAAAACCUCAUUAGGGAGACCCAGAUCCUCACUUCGCGUGCCCAUCUGAUCUUAGAAGAAGAACAGUAGGGAGGGGAGGCCCAGUGAUUACGCCGCCUCCAAUCGUUGAGGAACAACCUCUCGCGCUUGAUCUUUCUAUGAGCUUGUCGUACGAUGAAUUUCUCUUUUUUUAGUGGAAAAACCAAGCACUCGGUAGAAAAAUGUCGUUAGAAGCUGCGAUUUUGCCCUUUCGUUGCCGGCAAAAAACAGAUUAGACCCUGGAGAAGGCACGGGUUUUCGAGUUUCGAUCUGAUUUCCCCUCCGUGGCCACCAAAUUCUUCCAUUUUUCAGUGGGGACACAGACUCGGUGGUUCCCGUCACCGCCACCAGGUACUCCAUCGGCGCCCUCAAGCUUCCGACCCUCGUGAACUGGUACCCCUGGUAUGUCGACGGGAAGGUCAGUGCCCGAAGCUCGAACCCUACUAAUCUCUCCGGCGUCUAGACCGGGCAGCCGUAAAAAAGGGUUCCCACAUCUUCCAUGAUUCCUGGAUGUUGCAGGUCGGAGGAUGGAGCCAGGUCUACAAGGGUUUGACCCUCGUGACGGUCACCGGAGCCGGGCACGAGGUCCCCCUUCACCGGCCUCGGGAGGCGCUGAUACUCUUCAGACAUUUUUUGCAGAACGAGCCCAUGCCUGGCGGAGCUUGA